GGGCUUUUUAAAAUUUCCAAUACGUGACAGAUUAACGCCGGUACUUGUUUUCUGUGCUUCUAGUUUUCUUCGGACCCGCUUUUAUUUUCCCCUAGCGCGUCCUCAACGCAUUCGCGACGUGCCGCGACGUGCCGCGACGUGCAACGACUGCACAUGUUUUGCGCUUCUCAACUCCUCAAGCAACGCCGCCAACGAUGUCGAAUCCUUCUCUCGAGCCAGAAAUACUCAUCUCUCGUCUAUCCCAUCGUCCCCGCCACCUCCUCAGAGCCAUGAUCACGGUCACGGCCCCGCCAAAACCUCCAGAUUCAACGCUGGCUGACCGUCUCCGGACUGACCGUGUCUCGUCACUCGGCAUCCUCGAUCGUCUCCCGCCGGAAAUCAUGUCAAUUCUCCUUGGUAUGCUCGAUAUCCAGUCAAUUGUACGUUUCGCAAGCGUUUCUUUCCGAGGCAACAUGUUCGUUCAAUCGCAGCGUGCAUAUCGAGACCUGGUCGUAUUUGCUCCACAGGUGCUUUUGGCGUUGGGCAGGGUAGGCCUGAUCGGUCUUCAUUCCGUCGUUGAACUCCACACCGCUUUGCGAACGGGGCGGUGUGCAACUUGCACCGAAUACGGCGCGUUUCUAUUCCUUCCUACCUGUGAGAGAUGCUGCUGGGAAUGCCUCCGUUACAACCCGUCGUUACGGGUGCUUUUACCCAAGGAAGCAAAAACAUAUUUUGGCCUCUCGGAGCGGCAUCUUCAACGGCUACCUACCCUUUGCGUUAUCCCUGGCAACUAUGGCAUAUCCGCCGACCCUGCACCGGAACAUUGCAGGCUUGUUAGCGUAAAGGCAGCGAGAGGUCUUGGACUUAUGGUGCAAGGGUCUACGGAAAAGCUAGCACAGGCUAUGGCGAGGAGAUGCAAGUCCACAAGUCUCCUCGUCGUCGGUCGAUACCUUCAGGGCGAGCCAGCGGUAUCCCAAGGUCAAGACUCGCUGUUACUGCCAAGCCAAGGCAAUAUUCCGACUGAUAAUUUCUUUGGCAUGGCUUCCAUUCCGUUCCCUUCACUCUCAAAGUCGGGGAGGAUCGAGGACGGUCUGUGGUGUCGGGGCUGCGAAGUCACCCUCCGCCGAUACGAUUCCCUGCGCUUACCUCGGGAUAUGCUUGCGGCCGUGGUGCCAUCGAAUUGUGAGCCACAGCGGGUGCUACUCGGCUUGGAAAGGCGGGCCCGAUCGAAGCAGUCAUUCUUAGAUCACAUUAAGCACUGCUACGGCGCACGGCAAUUGGUUCCUGAAUUGGCGACAGUAAACGAUUGACAUUGGACAGUUUCAGUACGAAAGCUACCUAGACAGCAACUCUAGGGACGAUGGCAAAACUCAACAUGACACAUUGACUGCAUUCCGGCCCGACAACUAACUCCAGACUGCUGCGUCGUUCUCAUUGCCCACUCCGCCACAUCAACUUAUCUAUCCUACUCGCAGCCUCGUACUUGUACUUCUCCGCCCGACAUCCAGCUCAGUCCCUAGGAUACCGACCCCGAUAUUCUGUUGUAGCCUUGUCUUCCUUUGGAAGGUGUUUGGGACAAUAGUUGCGUGAUAUCUUGU